AAGAAGAAGAAGAGAAAGUGAAGGACUAGUGACAGCGUUGCCGUGUGUUCCACAGCCUUUAGUCGAGAAUAAGUCCCUUCCUCUGGCCCGUCCAACGUCCUUCUCCAUCGGCCAUGGCUUCAAGAGCAAACUCUACACGAAUGUCUUAAUAAAAUGCCCACCAACUUUGCCCUUAACAACCAGUCAACGUCCAGAUCUGCGAGGCGGUAGGUCGUGUGAACUGCUCUCCUCUUUCGUACAGGAACAACAACAACACCCAAAAGGAAAACAAAGUUCUCUCUCACGUAUUUGGCUGUUUUUUUCUUGUUGGGGUGUGCCGACCUUGAAGGGGAAAGAAGGAAAACAUGAACACUGUCCGUGUUCCGAUGCUCAAAGGAAAAUCGUCGAAUCGUGUCAGCAGCAGCAGCCGUUCUCCGUUCCAGCAGCACCAAGCCACAAUCAAUUAAUUCUCAUCAUCCAGCCACUACAGCAGCAGCAGCAGCCGCCACCCAAAUUUAUUCGAGUAGGACGCCGACCCGGAUCCUCUCCUAAUUCCAUCUCCCACCCCCCAUAGCUCUCCCGCGCCUUGUUAACAGGAGAAUAAGACAAAAGAACGAAAAGAGAUUGAUUGUGUGCUGUUGAUUAGAUUCCCCCCCCCCUUGAAAAAAGUGUCGUCAGAGUCUCGCGUGCAACUCUAACGGUCAUUGUCGUGCGGGCGGCUCCUAUCCGGUCCCUACACGAUAAUCAUGUCCAGCAAAGGCUCGGCAUCACUUGUGAGGAACGACCACUUGACGGGACAACAACAACAAGAGGCCAGCGUGACGAUGCAACAGCAGCAGCCCAACAAAGGCAAAGUGCGCCCGUCCAGUCGACAACAACUGGACGUGACGACGCUCAUCAAACGCAACAAGGAGCGACGAUGCCAUCAUUACGUCACCUGGCCGUUGUUGUUGGCCGUCGCGGCGGCCUGCGUCGCCCUGGUGACUUGCCACUUGUGGUUCACGUGGCAUCUGCAACGCAAGGUCGAGGCCCUGCAGUCGCGCGUCCAAUCGCUGGCCAGCACCCGAGACUUGGACGAGUUGCGUGCCCAGUUGCGCAAUCUUCACGACAAUCUUCUCUACGACGACAACGACGCUGGCGCCCAAUUCAAUAAAGACUCGAUGCUCGAGCAACACGUUUUCAACGGUGAAAAUAAUCAGGAAACGGACCAACCUGGCGAAAUCGUCGAUUUGAGCCUAGCCGCCGAUGGUGACAAGUCGUCGGCCCUCCUGUUGAGUGGCCUGGAUGAUCAAGAAGAAGAAGAAGAAGAGAAGAAAGACAUUCGCGUUUUCUCAUCCAUCCACACUCCGGCAGAGCGGAAUGAAAUGCUCGAAGUCGAUUGGCAAAGGCGGACGGCCAACAGCAGCAGCAGCAAACGAGUUUCGAAAAUGGACGGACAAUCCAAGAAUCGCAACAAACGCCAAGCCGAUCUGAGUUCGCACACUCAGGAUGGCGUCCCCAUUUUCGAUCGCGGCUACGGCGCCACUCCGCCCAACCGCACCGAAGGAUUGCGCAUUUACCAAUCGCUGCUGACAAAUAACGGGAGAAACGAACCCGGGCAAAGCAGGUCGGCAGAGUCGGACGCCGCCGUCGUCCAGCAGCAGCAACCGCACCAUCGACAAAACAAUUUCUGGCGCAACCGGAAUAAAGAAAAGCCACGCCAUCGUCACCAGAAAUCGACGACUCGAUCCCCUGCGCUGGUCGACGACGUCGAAUUGAGUUCCGUCGCAGCCGAGUUUGAGGCUAACGGCCAAGACUUGCGAUCGCCGUCCGAUACGACAUCUCCUCCAGCGGCAGCCAAGAGCAGCGUGGCUCCCAGCAAUGUGGAAUUCCGGCACAGCAGGGUCAAAACGUCGUCGGAGAACACGGGGCCGUUAUCGGUCGAUCAAAAAAUUUGGUCCAGGAGCAACGGCAUUUUCUCCAUCGGAGCCGGACCCUACGCAUCUGGCGGUUCGUUGCAAGAGGACCGCAUCAGCGCCGCAACUGCACCCGCCAUUCUGACCAAAACAGUCACCGCAUCCGUCGGAUCUUCUUCCAGCCAAGUCAGGCAACAACAACAACCCAACGUCUACAAGGUCAACCAGCCGGCCGUCAAUGCUCGUAGUGGCUCAUCUUCACAGCAGUCGUCGGACAAUGAGGACCAAAUUUCACGAGAUUCGCCAUCGUCCAGCAGCGGAAAAAAGAGAAUCAACAAGAAGCAGCUGCGUGAUCUCAGCCACACGGCCACCGCCGUUCACUUGGUGGCCGACACCCGCAACUCCACAUCGACCAGCUACGAAAAUCAAGUAGAAAUAGCCUCCAGGAAUGAACUUGGACUUCACACGUCAUGGAAAAUAGCUCCGAGCAACUGGGACUCCCCGCUCAAAACAACACCUCUAGUAAAAAUUGACGGCGCUAUACUUACUGUCAAACAGAGCGGACUGUACUUUAUCUACGCCCAGGUCCAUUAUCUAGACGAACAUUCCACAAACGCUUACGAAGUCUUCAUCAAUACGGAGCCAUUCCUACGUUGCAUUACGUCAGCCUUUUCUGAAACGUCGUUCCCCAAAGCCAACACCUGCUACACGGCGGCCGCCACCCAAUUGAGAGAAGGCGACAAACUUUUCCUGCGAGAUAUUGAACCACUUCGCUACUCGGUCCUGCAACCCAGCAAGACUUUUUUCGGGCUCAUUCGAAUGGCUCCUAUUGCUGAUUUUUCAUAAAAAAAAGAGACAAGUAAGAAUUAAGUAGAAAAAAAACACAAUUAUGAUAUUCCAGUGUUGUUUAAUUUUAUUGUCACCGCACUAUUACCGGGGGGUUGAAUUUUUCAAAUUUUAAAACAAAUCAAUUUGGUAAUAAUCCACAUUUCAUUGUUAUUAAAUUAGCCUUCGCAUAGAAGAAGAAGUUGAAAAAACAUUUUGUGGUGGGCCUUUAUACACGUCUUGGUCUUCCUGAUUAUAUAGAGAACAGAGUACUGCAGCUGCUUGAAUGCAUCUACCUUUUACAGUAAUCUUCACUAUUAUUUAAAUUUGAAGACUUUGGAAAUUUUUGGCAAUUCACACACAAUAUCUAAAAAAAAAUGGUACGACUCUAUAUAGCGUGAUUUAUAUUACCAUUCACAUUUCCGGAUCAAACAAGCUUAUUAUAUCACAAAUAAGUAGUUUAGUAAUGGAGAAAUUAGAACCAUAUAAUUUUGUUUUCCCCCUCUCUUUCGGUUAAAUUACUACCGUUAAUUGCAUAAUUUCGAUUCCUAUACCGUUUUAUUAUUUUCAUAUUCAUUACCUGUAUAUUAUUUGUGCCUUUUAUAUUACUUUCUGUAAUACAUCUUCCUGAUUUA